UAGAUUUAUUGCAAAUACACAAAAAAGCGAAAUUUCAAAAACCAUCAUUUCGAAACGUUUUUAAGAACCAAAAAAGGAAUAUAUAUUUAUUUGGAAUGUGAUCCAACUUGGCUAUUAUUCAAAUCAGAUGUUUCAUUUUCAACAGUUGAAGUUUGAAGUAUCCUUUGUGAUGCUGAUCCCGGUCGAUCAAUCCAAGAAAGCUGUAAAAAGGUAUUUACUUCUGGUGGCCAGCUUUUCAAUGUAGAAAUUGAGUUUAACUCAGGCACCAAGUGGGCCAUCUUCAACAGACAAGUCCAAGGAGGGUUUCUUUUAAUUACUUCACAUCUUCAUCAGCUCAAGAUGAUUGUUAUCUUCCAUGUUUUAACCACCUUACUUUUGAUGGUUUUUGUCGAUAACGUCUAUGGGUUCAGUUUUGUUACUGAGCCGAGCAAAACAACUGUGGUAUCUACUGGAUCUAACCAAACAUUCACUUGGCAGUUGAAUCUCACUGAUCAAGAGAAAUUAAAACAGUUGAAAGUUCAGUUUGGUCCUUGGGAUAAAGACCUCGACAGUGCCGCAGGCUUUUACCUUAUGACAUUCGUUCAAGAACCGUCCGCAAAUGGAAGUGUGCUGAAGACAAAUCACUCAAUCUUGAAACGUUUACAAUGGGUGGGAGACUUGAAACGUGAUUAUUUUGUGGCUUUUAAACUCUUCGAUACAAAACUUAGUGAUUCUGGAGAUUAUGGGAUCAGGUUCCGAGUAGAAAGGAAGGAGUAUGCUGUAACGUCUUCGAGUUGGUUUACACUCACUGUACAGGAUCCACCUCUGUUGCCAACCAAGCCGCCAGAACCUCAAAACAUUACUCGGUAUGUAGAGGAAGGUCAUGAACUUAACAUCACGUGUCGCAACAGGAAGGUAACAAGUUCGUCCGUGUUAUGGACUAGGAACGGCAUUCCUGUGCAAACAGAAAAAAGCAAGUUUUUAUACAUAAAGAAUGUAAACAGAACACACGCCGGGAACUACAUCUGUGUCUCACUGUCUCAUGAUGGCAAUCACACUUCAUCCAUCACUACUGUUGACGUUUUAUAUACACCAGGCAUUCAUUUACCUCGCAAUAAGCAAAUGUCGAUGGAGUUGCAAAGAGGGAAUUCUACGACGCUUAAGUGUGUAGCAGCUGCAAAUCCUUUACCGACGUUUACUUGGCGUAAAGGGAAACAUGAGAUCAGUGACGGUUUCAACAGUACGUGGAACUCAAGUUCUUUGACAGUCACUCCUGUAAGUAAUGGUGACUUUACAAGCUAUGUGUGCACAGCAAAGAACCGACUUGGAUGGGAUUCGGCAACAUUUGACUUGCAAGAGACAGGGUCACAAGAUAGAGACAAAAUGGCAGCUUCCGCACAAGUGAAAGAUGCCAAAGACACAGUCACCCAGUACCUGCUAACCAUCCCAGUUGUAGCCGUAAUCGUGAUUUGUGCAUUUUUAAUUCACCGAUACCUAGCCAAGAGAUCCAGAAGGCAGAUUAAUCACCAUAAAAAUGACGAUGCCCAAGAAAAUCAUGCUCCAUCAUUUGAAAUGCAUUCUAACGAGGCGAGCUUUCUCACAUUACAUCCAUCACUCUCUGGAGAUAUUGAAUGGGAAAUACCGCGUGCAAACCUGAAUAUAGAGAAGGUGAUUGGUCGUGGUGCUUUUGGCGUGGUAUCACGUGGAUUGGUCCUGGAUUUGCCAGGGAAACCAGGAUGGACUGUAGUAGCAGUAAAGAGCAUUCAAGGAGACGCUUCGGAAAAGGAGAAGCGAGAUCUGCUGUCAGAGAUGACAGUUCUCAAACAUCUUGACCGUCAUCCUCAUGUUAUAUGCCUGUAUGGCUGUGUCACCACUGAAGCACGGCUAAUGGUAGUGGUUGAGUACGCUCAGUAUGGUGACGUCCUCGGAUACCUGAGGAAGAGCCGAGGGGUCCGUGAUAGCUACUACAGUGAUCCAUCAGUACAACCUCGAACCAGCCUCACUUCCAAGCAGCUGCUUAAGUUCGCUUGGGAGAUUAGUGAUGGAAUGGACUAUUUGUCAAAGAAAAAGGUAUUCAACUGUCUUACAGAUCGGAUAUAUUUAAGUCAAAUAAUUAACCCUUUGAGCCCCAAUUACACAUAUACGCGUAAUUAAUGAUCGUGCUCUUUGUACCACUCGUGAAGUCAUCAAUUUAAAUGUCACCAGAUAUUCUUGAUAAGCAGAUAGUAGAGCUAGGAUGGACCUUUCCGUACAACGGUCGAUUUUGGAUAUCGACGACAUUCUGACGUAGCAAAUUGAAAAACAACGUUAUUAGUUUUGGUGCAAAAA